AUGAAUACGAGCCCUCUCGUACUCACCCCUUAUCGUGUUCGGAAGGCAGCCGUUCUAUCCGGAAGAAACAAGGAAGCCCGACUGAAGAGGUGUAAGAUGCUGCUUGCCGGCCUGCACCAAAACAGCCACCUCAGAACUUUUUUCAGCGACGAGAAGCUGUUCACCCAAGCUGAACCCAAAAAGCGUCGGGUACUUGCUAAGGCGUCUCAGGAAGCCAAUGAAAAAGGUAGAAUGAAUAAACAAGCUGCACACUCUCCACAGGUCAUGGUUUCAUUCCAUUUGUUCCUUUUUAAAAGUUACGUAGUUUUUUUCUUUGCGACAAUACUUUUGGACCACCCUGUACACAAAAAUUUGAAGAAUACGGUAUUUCUCAGAUCACGGUCUCUGAGCUCGAGCACCAAAGGGGGGCGGCUUUCGGCUUCAUUCUGAACUUGUCGAGGGGAUGAACUACGCCCAGAACAACGAGCCGAAAAACCGUAAAACCAUGACUUCAAAUUAAUCAACUACAAAUGAACUUCGAGUUCGUCAAAGGUUCAAUAUGGCUCCAAAAGCCUUUUCUCCAUCGCUCAGUCGAUUACAUCUUUCACUAUAGUUCAUUCCGCACCAACUUCUCACGAUUCUUACUUUUCUCCGAUCUACAGAACCCUUCCGGGAAGCUUCCCUUCGAUGCGCGUAGUCUGCCUGUGGGCAUGCGCCUUUAAUUGCAAGGAAACUGUUAGGUUAAAUAAAAGGCUUAUGCGAAGAGGCUUGAGACUAACGAAAUAAAUCAUCGAUUGAAGUAUAUUUUUUUGCAAUAUCUUGGGACCUCUCUGUCGCAUUUGGAAUGGCUAGAAGCGCCAGUCAAAAAGUAACUAGCCAAUAAGAGCAAUAUUUACUUGAUAACAGAAUGUUCAAAAAUAAACCUGUGUUAAUUUUGCCCAGAAGUACAUUCAUCGGAAGCCCCGGUGUCUUUUGACAAGUCGUUUCGCGGGAGAAGGGGUUCGAAGUUUCUGAUCCUCAAUUUCGACCCUGAAAAAAUAAAAAAUGAAACCCUUUAUUAGUGAUUUUUUUUGCUUGCUAAAUUUUUGAUACGAUUAUUUUGAGCAGUAACCAUUUCGUAAAGGAUUUUCCCAGGUCAUAAAAACAGAAAACUAUUAAAACAGGCCUAUAAAUAUCGGUGAUUUGCGGCACAAUAAACUUUCUUGCGAUGAAAUUCUUUCCGAGUUUCGGCCUCCUGUCAGUUUUCUUCAUAGUGGUAAGUUUGAUUUGCACGUUUAUAGUCGAUCCAUCGUGACUUUAAAGGCGGCAUGGGUAAAUUGGGAAGGGUGAGGCUUUGCGUACGCGACGCGUUUUUCGGCGGGAAAAUCGAGUUCAGACGCGAGUCACAUGUUUCUAUUUUUCUCUUUUUCGAUAGUUUUCGAUAAAUUUAUAUUUUUUAUAGUUUGCAAAAAUGCAGUGAACGAAUAUAAGUAUAAAAAAAAAUAAUGGUUGCGUUUGACUUCGAUUUUCCCGCCAAAGAGCCGCGUCGCGUACGCAGCGCUCCACCCUGGCCAGUCUACGAAAAUUUUUAGUGGUUACUUCAGGGUUUUGACUUUUUAGUGGUCACUUAAGUGACUAAAAUCAAGUGACCUCUUUAGAAGUCUAAGUAGUACUACUAGGCCAACUACUAUAGUGACCACUAAGACGCGAACCAGUGGCUCCAACACACGCCGUUUUUUUGGCGACGGCAUAUUUUUUCCGUAAAGUAGAGUGUGUUGUGUGCAUACACUGCGGCGCUCUGGCACAUUCUCGCGAACUGAAAUUCAGUCAUAUUUUCCACUCUCUGGUGGCUAUUUUGAAUUUCACGGAAUUACUUUCAACACGGCAUGUGUUUUAAAACAAAACAAAAAAAAAUAAAAAAAUCGCGUUUUUUAAAAAUGAGAAAUAGAUUCGUCUCGGGACCCAUUGGUCACUUUGAACACGGCAUCAAGUUGGGAAAAUUGACAAGGUUUUUCUUGCCCUAGGUGAGAUCUCAAGGCUGGUCAGGUUGGACCGAUAAACCUGGCGCGGUUUGCAACGACACCUGCGGCGCUUUCGGUCGGAUCGAGCAAGUUAGAACCUGCCUAGGCGGCAACAAUAACAAAUGCCAGUUAGUUUCCCCUUCUGAAACACUGAAAAGAGUUUUCAGAGGCGAAAGUGAGCGUCUGGCGAGGUGCAACUUCGGAUCUUGCUUCUUUCCUCGGCCUGCUUGUCAACCUGGUACCGUCUACGAAGUCAAGGACAAGCAGCGAAUUUGCACGCCCCAAGAAUAA